GAUGUUUCUUCACUUGGCAACACUUAGACCAUGGCAAGUCCCGUUGUUUGUUUCUCGUUGCGCCUGGGUCCCGGGGAGGAGAUCCAAUCUGCGCUGCUGAAGUUUGUCCAAGAGAAACAACUGCAGGCGCCGUUCGUUAUGACCUGUGUGGGCAGUGUUUCAGGCGGUAAACUGCGACUGGCCAAAGCCAUGCCAGACAAAUCAGGUGUCGGUAAGCACGAGAUCAUUGAGCUGGAUCAGCGUUACGAGAUAGUUUCAUUGGUGGGUACUCUGAACGAUGGCACCCAUCUCCACGUCUCAUUGGCUGACAAGGACGGGGCUGUUAUUGGCGGCCAUGUGAUGGGCAACCUGACCGUCUUCACCACGGCAGAGAUUGUGAUCGGGGAGAGCACCAAGGAAAGCUAUGGUCGGGUGAUGGAGGAGGAGACAGGCUUCCCGCAACUCGUGGUCAACAAGAGGCUCAACCAGAAACUCUGAACAGAAGUCUACCAACUACAGCAGUAUCAGUCAAUUUGCCAGACAUUGUAUUCAUUACAAUUGUUGAUACCUAUUUAGGAAAUUUGAUCAGGGACAGUGGAAGUGCCAUAUUGGCCUCUACAAUACUGUUACAUGUAGAAGGACCCACACAUUGUUACUCAAUCAACUGGAUAGGGUUUGAAAACUGUCAUUUCAAGUAGUAUCC